GAGGUACAAAACUAAAGCUCAUCUGGUACAGUAAGAUUGCGGAAGAAGCAUUCAAAGUCGAGCUGCAGGAGUUGGAACUUGCAGAGCGCUCAGAAGAUUGCAGCAAUUUGCAGGGCCAGGAAGGCAUGGCGCCACUCUAAGACUUGGAGCUUAGCUGUAGCAGAGAUUGUUACGUUCUUAGCUGUGGCAGAGAUUACUACAUAAGACAAGGGACUCCUUGCAUCAUGUGCUUGUCGUGUUUGCAGAUGUCGACCAGAGGGUGAAAGAAAUUUGCCCCUUUGAUGAGGAACCGUUGCGAUUCUGCAGAAAGAGUUCACAAUACCAGCUCAUGCAUGGCCCACGCAUUCCUGAUGACCAAGUCUUGGUUUGUGACCACAUAGUUAGGCUUGUGUGUGUAGCCGUCUUCAAAAAUAGACAUGGCAGCAACUGUUGAACGAAUUCUUCCGACCAGGGAUGUCUGGAACCCAGUAAUAGCAGUGUCAGCAGAAAGGCCAACAGGCCGACGGAAGAAAGUGUCAUGGGCGCCUGAUCCACAUCUUACACAGGUACGUGUGUUUUCUGCUGCCGACGCCCCCCAUGCCGCAGCUGAGCGCAGCCGGUCAGACCAACUGGCCGUCCAAGUGGAGGCGGCAGCGCGCACGGAGGCGGCCCUGCCAAAGCGGCAGCGUCCCGGACGAGUGGGGCAUGCCUCCCGGCAAGCGAUUGAGGCGAUGCGGCCCUCGCUUGCAUGGCGACCACCGCCAAAGGUGACUUUGAAUCCCGAGUGGCAGGUGCCAGCUGGCGACGAGAGCAGCGAGCGCGCGGCGCAGGACAGCCGCAUGCGGGGGACGCUCGAGGCCAUCUACUUGCACGGGUCAGCCAUCCCAAACAGCCCUGCGGAGCCGGAAAGCCCCACUCCUCCGCCACAGAACGACUCCACCAUUCCGCUGAUUCCGCUCAUGCCGGUGGACGACGAGGCGGUGCUCAUGGAGGAGGACAUCCCGGCUGCGCACUCGGGGGUCCAAGCGCCGCCGCCCCCGCCCCCGCCCCCGCCAGGGAUUGGCCGACCCGAAGCAGCGCCCCAAGUCCACCCCCCCUCUAGCGCCCCCCCCUCCACCCUGCCUCCUCCCCCGCCUUUUCCACCCCCCUACAGCGUGGCUCCAAGUCCCCAGACUGCCUCCGCACCAGCCCCGAGCACUAGCUCGGAUGGCCCUCCGACCCAGCUCCCCCCCGGUUUGGACAAUCGGGCACUUCUUGACCUGCUGAGCAACCCGGCCCUGCUGCAGCUCGUGGCCAAGAAGGACGGGCCCGUGGGCAACCCCAACCAGGCGCUCGAGCAGCUGGCAGGCAUCCUCGGAAACUUAGGGCAGGGAUUGAGACCGCCACUCCCCGGGACGGCCCCGCCUCAGCCCGGCCACCAGCCCCGACCGCCCCCUCCUGUCCUGCCUCCCAAUCACCUAGCGGAGCUCGCCCCCGGCCCUCCCCGGCCACCUCCCGGCCCAGCCCCCCUCCCUCCCGGUCGCCCUCCACACCCCCAGGGCGCCGCGCCUCAUCCGCCGGCAGGACCUCGGCCGCCGUUACCCCCCCACGCCACUCCCCGACCGCCUCUAGGGGGACCGCCCGGGUGGCCCCCACAGGAGCGCCCUCGGUUCGAUCAACCGAGGCCUCCUCCGUUGCCCGGGUUCUCCCCACAUGCGUUUCCAGCCUCGCAACGGCCGCUGCAGCCGCAGGGGGAGUGGCGGCCGGCGAACGGGGCCCCGAGGGGCCCGCCUCUGCAGUUUCAUAACACGUCACCCACACCAAAUAGGGGAGUGUGGGAAACGCGCGGACCGAAGGGGGGUGGACGGGGCGAGCGGCAUGGCGGGCGUCCGGAAAACAUGCGGGAUAAGAAGUUGUGCCUGUAUUUCAACACGCCGCAGGGUUGUCACAAGGGCGAAAACUGCACGUUUUUCCAUGCACGGCAGGCGGGGUUUGUAGGAGCCGUAGCAAACGGGUCGAAUGGGCAGCAGCUUGCACCGCCAGCAAAACGAACAAAGCUCGAUGGGAACACAAGUUACUGGACGCAAAUUUGAGUGCCACGUCGUCGGUCAAUCUUAAGCUCGUGCUUAAUCGUUCCCCUACCAUGCGAGCGACCACAAUGCUUAAAGCUCGUUCUGGGUAUGUCGACGAGAUUGCGUAUCUUGCACCCAAUUGGGUAGUAUCUCUUCUACAACAACGCCGGCCGAAUACGUACGAGCCUGGCCGGAUGCGAUAUCGUAUUGAACUGAGUAGACAUGUGCCAGGCAGCCCGGGCGGCAUGCUAGCUACCUUCUUGUUACGUGACAUACUGUCCUAGAAUUGAGUGCCGGUGUGCCGCCAGUUCAGUAGUCAAUAGAUGAGUGGUAAGAAGAGCUGGGCUAGGCGAGGCAGUCAUGUCGAGAUCGAGGGUCAUCAUACCGCGCGGGCUAUGGUUUCAGACUCGAUUGAACGAACUUUUUCACAAUGCAGUUGCUAAAUGUAGGUUAAGAAACGCAGAAUUCAGAGAUAGGCUACAUUCGCAUCCUUCAG